GGGUAUAGGCGAGCUAGAGUUUCUUCUAUGCUGCACUAAACCUGUAUUACUAACUCUAGGUUGAAGAUGAAGUUUUCAAGGUCUAAAGGGCCUCGCUUUAAGCCGGAUGCCCACUUUCAAGAUGAGAUACCCCCGGACCAAGUCGCCCCGGACGAGGUCGUUGACGGGCCCAUUCCUCUACUCACGUGGCGAUCCUUGACGAUGGGUGUCUUUGUGUCCAUGGGUGGCUUCUGCUUCGGAUAUGACACCGGUCAGAUCUCGGGGUUCCUGGAGAUGAAGGAUUUCCUGCAGAGAUACGGGCAGCUGGGAUCGGAUGGCACGUACUACUUCUCGAACGUGAGAUCGGGAUUGAUUGUUGCUUUGCUCUCCAUUGGCACCCUAAUCGGCGCUCUCAUCGCCGCGCCCAUCGCCGAUCGCAUCGGCCGCAAGUGGUCCAUCACCGGCUGGUGCGGCAUUCUCUGCAUCGGCAUCACCGUCCAGAUCUCUAGCCCAUCCGGAAACUGGGUCCAGGUCGCCAUGGGCCGCUGGGUCGCCGGGCUUGGAGUCGGCGCCCUCUCGCUGCUGGUCCCCAUGUAUCAAGCCGAGUCCGCGCCGCGACACAUCCGAGGCGCCCUGGUCAGCACGUACCAGCUCUUCAUCACCCUCGGCAUCUUCGUCGCCAACUGCAUCAACUUCGGCACCGAAGACCACCCCGACACUUCCUCCUGGCGCAUCCCCAUGGGCAUCACCUACCUCUGGGCCCUCAUCCUCGGCGUCGGCAUGGCCUUCUUCCCCGAAAGCCCCCGCUACGACUACCGCCACGGCCACGUCCCCCGCGCCAUCCGCACCCUCUCCAACCUCUACGGCGUCCCUCCCCACCACCGCGCCCUCGCCCUCGAAUUCAACGAAAUCCGCGAGAAGUUCGAGCACGAACAAUCCAUGGGCCCCAUCACCUGGGUCCGCCUCUUCCGCGCCCCGCGCAUGGCCUACCGCGUCGCCGUCGGCGUCGCCCUACAAGCCCUCCAACAGCUCACCGGCGCCAACUACUUCUUCUACUACGGCACCACCAUCUUCCGUGGCGCCGGCAUCCAGAACUCCUACGUCACCCAGAUGAUCCUCGGCGGGGUGAACUUCGGGACCACCUUCCUCGGCCUCUACCUGAUCGACCACUACGGGCGUCGCCGCUCCCUCAUCGCCGGCGCCCUGUGGAUGUUCAUCUGCUUCAUGGUCUUCGCCUCCGUCGGCCACUUCCUGCUCGACCACGAGCACCCGGAAAACACCAAGACCCCCGGCGUGGUGAUGGUCGUCUUCGCGUGUCUCUUCAUCCUCGGGUUCGCGAGUACCUGGGGCCCCCAGGCCUGGACUAUCAUUGCGGAGCUGUAUCCGUCGGAGUAUCGGGCGCGCGCGAUGUCGUUGGCCACGGCGUCGAACUGGCUGUGGAAUUUUCUCCUGGCGUUCUUUACCCCGUUCAUCACGAGUGCGAUUGACUUCCGCCUGGGGUAUGUGUUUGCGGGGUGUUUGUUUCUUGCGGCGGGCUUGGUCUAUGUGGCUGUUGUGGAGGGGAGGGGGCGCACGCUGGAGGAGAUCGAUACGAUGUAUGUGAUGAAGGUGAAGCCGUGGAGGAGUUCCAAGUUUGUGUUUCCGGGGGAGCUGCAGGAUCAUGGUCAUGGUUAUGAGGGGAGGAGGGAGGGCGAGGGGGAGAAGGAGGAUGAGGCGGUGCAGGGGAGUUCGGCGCAUGUGUCGGUUUGAAUGGGAGUGGAUCGU